AUGGCGUUCGUCGAUGGCGAUUAUGAUGACGAUGAUGAGGUCGACGGUGCGACGGUGACGACGUUAACGACGACGACGAUGAUGCUAGAGGGCAGGAAAGUGGAUAACAAGGAAGUAACAGCGAACAAAGAAAGUCCAAUGCAAAUGAUGCAAGGUGAUGCUGAUAACAAUGAUGCUGUUGGUACCGUUUGCCAAACUGUGAACCAUAACGAUCCGUUGAAAGCCAACGACAAAUGA